AUGACAGUAGACGACCAUGACGUGUCAGGAUUCCAAGGUCUAAUGAAUUCACUAAACCUAGACGCAGACCAAUUCAAACAAUACGACCCUGCGAAGUUCUCCGCAUUCACAUUCCAACAACUCCUGAAUCUCAAAUUGGAAAUUGAGUCGCAACUACGUAUAUUAUUCAAUCUAUUGCAACAGAAAUAUAACGCCGAUAUGGAUACCCCGCUAGUGACCAAAGACGGGUUCCCUCGCAGCGACAUUGACGUGGUCACGAUUCGCUUGAUCCGCGUGCAAAUCAUCAGGUUGCGCAAUGAUUAUAAGGAGCUUUUGAAAAUCCUCGAUUCCAAAAUCGAACAGGAGUUUGCGCGGCGUCAAAGCGAAGCACCAAGCGCAGAUGUCGAGGGCUCGAAUGCGGCGGGGGCGGAGAAGAGGGGCUACACGAUCCCGUUUGCGCAGGUCAAGGAGGUCAUCCCUGGAAGCCCCGCGUCUGCCGCAGGCUUGGAAGAAGGUGACGCCAUGGUUCUAUUCGACGAGAAUAUACAUGCUUUGAAUCACAACAAGUUGCAGAGUCUAGUUGAACGGAUCAAGUCUAGGAUAGGCCAGGAUAUCGAGGUUCAAGUGCAGCGACUUGGCCGUGUUGAGACUUUGGUGCUUCGACCAACUAACGACUGGGAGGGCCAGGGGUUGUUGGGAUGCAGGAUCAUCCCAAUAUGA